GUCUAUUUGAGAAUUUCACAUUGCUCGUUUUCGUGCCUGUUAAUUAUAUAUAUCAUUCAUCAGACUCAAUUUGCAUCAGAGGCAUCAAGAAAAUGGCUACCUCCCAAAAGCUUUCGUUACUGAUUCUCACUCUCCUUGUGGUUCUCCAACUCUACUUCUCUUCUGCGGAAGCUGCCAUUAAAGGUGGCUACUGGUAUUCUGGAAGUGGUCUUUCAGUUUCCGACAUUAACCCUUCUCAUUUCACCCACCUAUUCUGUGCAUUUGCUGACCUUGAUCUUCAAACCAACACACUCACCAUUUCACCUGCAAACGCAGCUCAAUUCUCAACCUUCACUCAAACACUCCAGGCCAAAAACCCUUCAGUGAAAACCCUUUUAUCCAUAGGUGGCGGCGGCGGUCAUGAUUUGGCAGCCAAUUUUUCCAAAAUGGCUAGCCAAGCCAGUAGCCGCAAAACAUUCAUAGACUCUUCAAUCCAACUAGCCAGAAAAAACAACUUCCAUGGACUUGAUCUUGACUGGGAAUACCCAUCAACAAACACAGACAAGACCAAUUUUGGCUCACUCAUCAAGGAAUGGAGAGCAGCUGUGGCCAGAGACUCUAGCAACACUGGCAAACCAGCACUGCUGCUAUCUGCUGCAGUGGGUGGCUCUGCCCAGAUCACAGAAUUGCAAUUCUACCCAGGUCAGGACAUAGCAAACAACUUGGACUGGGUCAAUGUCAUGGCUUAUGACCUUUUCCGCUCAGAUGAUUAUCCAACAUUGACACAGCCACCAGCUCCUUUGAGAAACCCUAGAGGCCAAUUCAGUGCGGAUGAAGGGGUCACAAAAUGGAUUCAGCUAGGAGUGCCACAGAGCAAACUAGCUCUGGGUUUACCCUUCUACGGUUUCAAGUGGAGCUUGUCAGAUCCUAAUCAACAUAGACUAUUCGCACCAGCAACAAAGGGGCUCGGGCAAGUGAAAUACAAGGAUAUAAAAAAUGCUGGGGCGCAGAUUGUGUACAACUCCACAUUUGUUACUAAUUACUGCUUCAAAGGGACAGAUUGGUUUGGCUAUGAUGAUACUCAGAGUAUUGCUGCCAAGGUUUCUUAUGCCAAGCAAAAGGGACUAUUUGGAUAUUUUGCUUGGCAAAUCGAACAGGACAGCAACUGGGCUCUUUCUCAAGCCGCUUCUCAAGCAUGGGGAUCGUAGAGGAUUGCAGAGCAAGAGUCUGAUAUGCUGGUUUUGCUCUCUGCCGUGCAUGGCUCUUUAAUUCACUUCUGUACCAGAAAAUAUUACUAAGAGAAUAAAGAUAGAGAGCUAUCUACUUUAUAGUAAGAAUAAUAGUUUCGAAGAUAAUAAUCAAAAUAAAAUUCCAAAGGAACUGGAACCUAAAGGUGUGUGAACUGUAUUUAGUUUCCUUCUCAUUUCCAUUGGAACGUUUAAUUUACUGCCGUUAUUGCAAGCAGAA